CGGUAAAGCAGCUGGUUUCCGUGACGACUGAAAGCGCGGGAAUUACAGAUAAAUUGUAAUUGCGACUGCGCCACACAGUGAUCCUGCUGAGACGUUGUUUGCUGAAGACGUUCCGAAGAUAUCUGGGAUCCUAGAAGCCUACAUGUUUUUCUCUGGGCGAAGGUGCAAGAGCCAAGAGCCAAGAGACCUGGGUUGGAACAGAAAGAAAUGGAUUCGUCUUUAGCUCAAAUUGAAGAAGUACAGCAUGUCCUUAAUGCUAUGCAGAAAAUCUUAGAGUGUCCAAUAUGUCUGGAAUUAAUCAAAGAACCUGUUUCCACAAAGUGUGACCACAUAUUUUGCAGAUUUUGUAUGCUGAAACUUCUCAACCAGAAGAAAGGGCCUUCACAGUGUCCUUUGUGUAAGAAUGACAUUACCAAAAGGAGUCUACAAGAAAGCACAAAAUUUAGUCAACUUGUUGAAGAGCUAUUGGGAAUCAUUCAUGCUUUUGAACUUGACACAGGAUUGCAGUUUGCAAAUGUGAAUUAUAACUUUUCAAAGAAGAAUAAGUCUCCUGAACAUUUAGAGGAAGAGAUUUCUGUCAUCCAAAGUUUGGGCUACCGAGACCGUGCCAAAAAGUUUCGACAGAAUGAAUCUCAAAAUUCUACAUUGCAGGACGUCAGUCUUAGUGUCCAACUCUCUAAACUUGGGAUUGUGAGCUCUCUGAAGACAAAGAAGCAGAUACAGCCUCAAAAUAAAUCUGUCUACAUUGAAUUGGGCUCUGAUUCAUCUGAAGAAACAAGUUAUAUAUCAAAUUAUUGCAGUGUAAGAGAUGAAGAAUUGUUACAAAUCACUCCUCAAGGAACUAGUGCUGAAGCCAGUUUGGAUUCUUCAAAAAGAGCUUCCUGUGAGGAGGACAUAACAAAUAUUGGACAUCAAUCCACUAGUAAUGAUUCAAACACUAUUGGGAAACAGGCCACUGAGAGGCAUCCAGAAAAGAAUGAGAGCAUUUCUGUUUCAAACUUGCAUGAGGAGCCAUGUGGCACAAAUACUCAUGCCAGCUCAUUACAGCAUGAGAACAGUAGUUUAUUACUCACUAAAGACAGAAUGGAUGUAGAAAAGGCUGCAUUCUGUAAUAAAAGCAAACAGCCUGCCUUAGCAAGGAGCCAACAGAGCAGAUGGAUUGAACGUAAGGAAACGUGUCAUGAUAGGCAGAUUCCCAGUGCAGAGACAAAGGUAGAUCUGAAUGCUGAUCCCGGCUGUGGGUGUAAAGAAUGUUCUGAGAAUCCAAGAAGUACCCAAGAUGUUCCCUGGAUAACUCUAAAUAGCAGCAUUCAGAAAGUUAAUGACUGGCUUACCAGAAGUGAUGAUAUGCUAACUUCUGAUGACAGUGGGAAGUCUGAAACAAAUGCUGAAGUAGAUGGUACCUUAGAAGUUCCACAUGAAGUAGAUGGAUAUUCUGGUCCUUCAAAGAAAAUAAACUUACUGGCCACUGAUCCUCAUACUUCUUUAGAGAGUAAAAGCCUCAAAAUAGUUUCAAGUAAUAUGGAAGAUAAAAUAUUUGGUAAAACCUAUCGGAGGAGGACAAGCCUCCCUAAUUUGAACCAUGUACCUGAAAAUCUAAUAAGAAUAGCACUUCCUACAGAAGCAAAGAUACAGGAGCAACCUCUCACAAAUAAAUUAAAGCGUAAAAGGAGAGCUACAUCAUGCCUGCAACCUGAGGAUUUUAUUAAGGCAGCAGAUAUGACACUUGUUCAAAAGACUCCUGAAAAGGUAAAUCAGGAAACUCACCAAAUGGAGCAAAAUGGUCAGGAGAUGAGUCUGACUAAAAGUGGUCAUGAGAAUGAAAUAAAAAGUGACUAUGUUCAGAAAGAGAAAAAUGUGAAUCCAGAAGAAUCGUUGGGAGAAGAGUCUAAAGCUGAAUCAAUAAGGAGCAGUAUAAACACUAUGGAAGUAGGAUUAAAUAUCCGCAGUCCAAAACUACCUAAGAAAAAUAGGCUGAGGAGAAAGCCCCCUAUCAGACAUCUUCAUGCACCUGACGUAGUAUUCAGAGCUCUAAGCCCACCUAGUCCUAGUGAACUACAAAUUAACAGUUGUACAAGCAGUGAGGAGACAAAAAAAAGUUCCAGUCAAACAUCAGAUAGGUGUGGCAGAACUCUUCAAUUCCUAGAAGACACACAGUCUACAACUGGAGCCAAAAAGAGUAUCAAGCUAGAUGAACAAAUAAGUAAGAUAUGUGACAGUGAUGUUUCCUCAGAACCGAAGUUAACAAACACACCUGCUGGUUUUACUAACUGCUCAAGUUCUAAUAAACUUGAAGAAUCUGUCGGACCUAGCCUUGAGAGAGAAGAAAUAGAAGAGAACCUAGAAACAAUAGAAGUGCCAAAUCUUACCAAAGACUCCAGAGAUCGGUUGGUAAAUGGAGAAAGGGCAAUGCCAACUGAAUUAUCUGCAGACAGUACCAGUCUUUCAUGGACACCUGAUUCUGAAUAUGACACCCAGGACAGUAUCUCAUUACUAGAAAUUAACCCCCUUAGAAGGGGGAAAACAGCAUCAAAUCAAUGUGUGAUUCAGUAUGAAGCAGUUGGAAACCCCAACCACAUUAUCCAUGAUUGUUCUAAAACUACUAGACACGACACAGAAGGCUUUAUGGAUCCAUUGAGACAGGAAGGUAGCCAUAUGCUGGAGAGUGAUAUAGAAACAGAAGAGAGUGAACUUGAUACCCAGUAUCUGCAGAACACAUUCCAAGAUUCAAAGCGUCAGUCAUUUGCUCUGUUUUCAAAUUCAGGAAAUCCAGAAAAGGAAUGUGCCACAGUCUCUGCCCACUCUAUGUCCUUAAGUAAGCAAAGUCCAAAUGUCAUUCUUGAAUAUAAACAAAGAGAAAACCAUCAGGACAAAGAGUCUAAAACCAGGCUUGCACAGGCAGUCAAGGCCACUACGGAUUUCCCUGUAAUUUGUCAGAAGCAUGAGCCAGGGGAUAAUGCUGAAUGUAGUAGUAGCAUUGCAAAAACCUCUGGGCUUUGUCCAUCAUCUCAGUUAACCGCCAAUGAACUAACUUCUGCCAAUAAACUUAGAAUUUUACAGAAUUCAUAUCUUAUACCAUCAAUUUCUCCAGUUAGGCCAUUUGUUAAAACUAAAUGUAAGAAAAGCCUGUUAAAGCAAAUGUUUGAGAAACAGUCAAUGUCAUCUGAAGAAGGAUUGGGAAGUGAGAGCAUUAUUCAAAGUACACUGUGCAUGUUUAGCCCAAAUAACAUAGAAAAUGCUUUUAAAGGAGCCAGCCCAGGCAGUAUUAAUGAAGUAGGCUCCAGUACUACUGGAGGAGGCUCCAGUAUUAACGAAGUAGCUUCUAGUGUUGAAAACAUUCAAGAAGAACUAAACAGAAGCCGAGGGCCUGAACUAAAUGCUGUGCUACGAUUAGGUCAUACGCAACCUGAAGCCUAUAACCAAACUCUCCCUGUAAGUAAUUGUAAGCAUCCUGAAAUAAAAGAGCAAACAGAAAAUGAAGGAGUAGUUCAGGCUGUUGGUGCAGAUUUUUCUCCAUGUCUAAUUUCAGAUACCCUAGAAACAGGUAUGACAAGUAAUGAUGUCUCUCAGAUUUGUCCUGAGACACCUGAGGAUCUGUUAUAUAAUGGUGAAAUAAAGGAAAAUACCAGCUUUACUGAAGGUGCCAUUGAGGAAACAUCUGCUGUUUUUAGCAAAAGUAUUCAGAAAAGAGAGUUCAGCCCUAGCCCUUCUUUAACCCCUGAAUCUUUGGCUCACGGUCUUGAAAUAGAUGAUGAUCUUCCCUGCUUCCGACACUUCUUAUUUAGUAAAGUAACCAAUACACCAUCUCAGUCUAUCAGACAUACAAUAAAAUGUCUGUCUCAGGAAACAGAGGAGAACCCAGUAUCACUGAGGAACAGCUUACAAGUCAACAAUAAUGAGAUCUUAGUGGAAGCAUCCCAGGAGACACAGUGCUCUAACAAUACAGGGCCUUCACAUCAUGGUGCAUUGGUAGACCUGACUACAAACUCCAACUCCCAAGAUUCCUUCUUGAUGUUUUCUUCUCCCAAACAAAUGAACCAGGAAGUUAUUGUUCUGAGUGACAGAGGAUUGGUUUCAGAUGAUGAAGAAAGGGAACCUGACCUGGAAGAAGAGGAAAGAACGGAUUCAAACUUAGGUGAAGCAGCAUCUGGCUAUGACAGUGAAACAAACCUUUCUGAAAAUAUCUCAGAAGUGUCCUCACAGAACGAUUUUUUAACCUCUCAGCAGAAGCAUAUUAUGAAAGAUAACCUGAAAAAGAUCCAGCAGGAAAUGGCCCAUCUAGAAGCUGUGCUACAGCAGCACAAGAGCCAGCAAUUUCCCGCCAGCUCCACUUCCCUCCUAGCUAACUAUUGUGGACCAGAACAAAACGUAUCAGGAAAAGCAGUUUUAACUCCAGAGAAAAAUAAUGGACAUCCUGUAAGCCAAACUCGAAAAGCCUUUUCUGCUGAUGAGUUCCAAGUAUCUCCAGAUAGUUCCACCAGUAAAAAUAAAGAACUAGGAGUGGAAAGGACUUCCCCAUCAAAGACCCAGUUGGUAGAUAGUAGUGGGUCUGUGCACUACCUGUCUACCAGGCUUCAGAAUAGAAACUUCCCAUCUCAAAGGGAGCUUGUGGUGAUUGAUCUGGAGGAGGAACAGCUGGAGAAGUCUCAGCCACCUGACUUAAUGGAGCAGUCUUAUUUGCCAAAGCAGGACCUAGAGAGAACCCCUGAUCUGCAGUCUGGAAACUGCCUCUUCUACAAUGAGCCUAAAUCUGAACCCCCUAAAGACAGCACUCUAGAGCCAGCUCAUGUCUGCAGUUUAUCAUCCCAAUUUCAAGUUGCCCAGUCUGCCAGCAGUCCAGCCGCUGCUCAUGGGGACAAAGCAAGGGAAGAGAGAGAGAAGAGAGACAAACCAGAAUUGAAAACUUCAACAGCAAAGGUCAACAAAAGAAUGUCUAUGGUGGUAUCAGGCUUGAUCCAAAAAGAAUUUGUACUUGCACAGAAGUUUGCCAGAAAACACCACAUCACUUUAACUAAUGCAGUUACUGAAGAGACUACGCAUGUCGUUAUGAAAACAGAUGCUGAGUUGGUUUGUGAACGGACACUGAAAUAUUUUCUGGGAAUUGCAGGAAGAAAAUGGGUAGUUAGCUAUUUCUGGGUGACCCAGUCUAUUAAAGAAGGAAAAGUGCUGGAUGAGCAUGAUUUUGAAGUCAGAGGUGAUGUGAUCAAUGGAAGAAACCACCAAGGACCAAAGAGAGCGAGGGAAUCACAGGAGAAGCUUUUCACAGGCCUAGAAAUCUGUUGCUAUGGGCCCUUUACCAACAUGGCUAUAGAUCAACUGGAGUGGGUACUGCAGCUGUGUGGGGCCUCAGUAGUAAAGGAGCUUUCAUCAAUCACCGUGGGCACAUGCUCUCCCCUAAUUGUGGUCAUACAGCCAGAUGCCUGGACAGAAGACAGUAGCUUCCAGGCCAUCAGUCAGUUGUGUGAAGCAUCCGUGGUGACGCGGGAGUGGGUAUUGGACAGUGUGGCCCUCUACAAGCGCCAGGAUUUGGGCACCUACCUGAUAACGCAAAUCCCCUACAAUGAAGAUAGCAGCCAGCCACAGGUCAAAACCACAGGGCCCCAAGGAUGAACUUAAACAGUGGCCUUUUCUAACCCGGAGACUGCCUCUUACUACUGAAUCCUUCCAUAGUCCUGUUUACUAAAUGUUUUAUGUUCAUAGGCCUGGCCGGGGGACAGAAGGGCACUGUUUAUGUGAGGGCCCCUUCAAGAUUUUCAGUUUCAAGUUUUCCUUUGAAAAUUGCCAUGAGCACAGAAUUGUGGCAAUCUUUCACCUAACAAUGUAAAAUCAUUUAAACCCUACCAAUUGAACAAGGUGCUGACUCAUUAUUUAUUCCUGGUACUAGAGCUAGCGGCACAGGUGGCUCAGCCUCGGAAGAAUACCUAAACUGGUUUCUCUAGAAUCCUGUGUACAGACCUUUCCAUGGAAGGAGCAUGCUUGAGACCUGUGAUUUGACUUAACAUCAGAACAGUCUGCAAGGCCCGAAGUUCUAUGCCCAGCACCACACUCAGAAAAAUAAGAAUGGUCGUCCUUAGACAGCUGUCAAAUGUUGGGUGCAGACUUGGGGAGGAGGUUUGGGGGCAGAUGAUGAAUAUGAAUAAGGAACUUGAGGAUUAGCUAGAGAUCUCCAAACAUCUGCACUUAGUCACUGGACUAAUUUCUGAUUUGCAGAAUAUUUUCAAAAAAUGUGUCCAAAGAGUCUGCUAAUUCCCCAUUAGUGACUAAUUUUUAUUGUUGUGGUUCUGGUAUAGGGUCUCUACUAUGAAUAUUUCAUGUUUGUAAAAUGACAGAUGCCACCAGGAAAGGUGCUAUUGCUUUCUUUGAAGUAAUUUUUUCCCCUUUUGCUGCCUAUUUCUGAGAGGUACCACUUCAUAAAUAAUUCUGCUUGCUAAAGGAAGAGAACAUGUUUUCCAUAAACACAUUAUCUAAGACUGUUGUAACUGUUGGAAGACCUAGGUCUUCCCUAGCCCACAGAGUACAAGGGCAGGGAAGACUUGAUUGCAUAAAAUGUGUUUUGUAAAUGUCUUGCUACGAACACUGCAAGUGAACUUGGUAGCAAAUAUUG